GUAGAGCCUUGGGGAGCUGUGGCAUUUGUAAUUUUUCUUUUUCAGCACAUGGAAGGAUAGCACCAUCCUCAAAAUCAAAUUACUUUUAUGUCACAUCUAGAAAAUCACUCUUAACAGCUGCCACCACUGAAAGCAAAAACUCUAAUUUCAUUUUGUCUUCUUUCUACAUCUAAGUAUUUUCUGUGCUUUCUGGCUUUCACUACAUAGUCUGUGAAGCCAGACCUUAGUAAAUGGCAACAGAGGUGACAAGAAACCCGUACAAGACCUCUCAUUAAGUUUCUAAUCCUACUCUCACCCCCCUCCAGCUCCAACUCUGUUUCUCAGUCUGCGCUGCUGUGGGAGAUCCUGCAGACAGAUGGGCUUUCAGAAGCAGGAAUGUUUUUAGAUGGGUCGAUUAAAAAUGAUGAAACUAAUAAUGGCUUGCACAGGCAAAGCUCACAUAUGCUCUUGGCACCUUUCUUCUAGCAGGAAUCAUUAUAAAGAACAAGUAAGGGUUUAGCACGCAGGUGUUUGUGCAUCUCUCCCGUCUCUUGCCCUCCAUAGCCCAAAUUUUGGUCUUAUUGCACAGCUUGUUUUGAACAUAACAAAGGAAACUCUCUCUGAAGGUGGGAUGGAUUACAGUGUCCCUGGUGCUGUUAGUAAUGGCGAAACGGUGCCUGCACAACCCAGCAUGGAGAAGGAGAAAGAGGAGGAGGAUGAGACUCUGGAGCGAGGGCAGUGGAACAACAAACUGGAAUAUGUCCUGUCGGUGGCUGGGGAGAUCAUCGGCCUGGGAAAUGUCUGGCGCUUCCCCUACCUCUGCUACAAGAAUGGUGGAGGUGCCUUUUUCAUCCCCUACCUCAUCUUCCUCUUCACCUGUGGCAUCCCUGUCUUCUUCCUGGAGACGGCACUGGGACAGUACACCAGCCAAGGAGGUGUGACGGCCUGGCGGAGGAUCUGUCCCCUCUUUGAAGGAAUUGGUUAUGCCUCACAGGUCAUCGUUGUGCUCCUGAACUUCUACUACAUCGUUGUCUUGGCCUGGGCCUUGUUCUAUCUCUUCAGUUCAUUCACCAUUGACCUUCCCUGGGGCAGCUGUGAUCACGAAUGGAACACAGGGAACUGCAUGGAGUUCCAGAGGGCGAAUUCAACCCUAAAUGUGACCAGUGAAAAUGCCACCUCCCCAGUCAUCGAGUUCUGGGAGAGGAGAGUGCUGAAGAUUUCUGAUGGCAUCCAGCACCUGGGCAGCCUGCGUUGGGAGCUGGCCCUGUGUUUGCUGCUGGCGUGGAUCAUCUGCUACUUUUGCAUCUGGAAAGGGGUCAAGUCCACAGGAAAGGUGGUGUACUUCACAGCCACGUUCCCGUACCUCAUGCUGGUAGUCCUGCUGAUCCGGGGUGUCUCCCUACCUGGGGCAUCUCAGGGAAUCCUAUUCUACCUUUACCCAGACCUCAGUCGACUCGGGGAUCCUCAGGUCUGGAUGGAUGCAGGCACUCAAAUCUUCUUUUCGUAUGCAAUUUGUCUGGGAUGCCUGACAGCUCUGGGCAGCUAUAACAAAUACCAUAACAACUGCUACAGGGACUGUGUGGCCCUCUGCUUCCUCAACAGCGGCACCAGCUUUGUGGCUGGCUUUGCCAUCUUCUCCAUCCUGGGCUUCAUGGCUGGGGAGCAGGGAGUGCCCAUCGCUGAGGUGGCCGAGUCGGGACCUGGCCUGGCAUUCAUCGCCUACCCUCGGGCUGUGGUCAUGCUGCCCUUCUCCCCACUCUGGGCGUGCUUCUUCUUCUUGAUGGUUGUUUUACUGGGACUGGACAGCCAGGUAAAGUUUGUCUGUGUGGAGAGCCUCGUCACAGCUCUUGUGGACAUGUACCCUACCAUCUUCCGCAAGAAGAACCGCCGGGAGACCCUCAUCCUGCUGGUUUCCAUCCUCUCCUAUCUGGUGGGGCUGGUGAUGCUCACUGAGGGUGGGAUGUAUGUCUUCCAGCUCUUUGAUUACUAUGCUGCCAGUGGCAUGUGCCUGCUCUUUGUGGCCAUCUUCGAGACACUCUGCGUUGCCUGGGUCUAUGGUGCUGAGCGUUUCUAUGACAACAUUGAAGAUAUGAUCGGCUACCGGCCAUGGUCCAUCAUCAAAUACUGCUGGCUUUUCAUCACUCCAGCAGUUUGCUUGGCAACCUUCUUGUUUUCUCUGAUCAAAUACACCCCACUGACCUACAACAAGAAAUAUGUGUAUCCGUGGUGGGGGGAUACGCUGGGCUGGCUACUGGCUCUCUCCUCCAUGGUGUGCAUCCCUCUCUGGAUCGUCUACAAGCUCUCCACCAUCAAAGGUUCCCUCAGAGAGAGGUUCCGCCAACUCACCUGUCCACUAGAGGACUUGCCUUCCAGGCCAGGCACAGGACAGCCUCUUCCUUCCACCAGAUCUAGCCUCCUGAUGCUGACAGAGCUGGAAUCUCACUGCUAGGACCAGUGUGGCUCUCCCUCCCUCCCCCAGGAUGGUUUCUAUGCAGCUUUUACCACCUGUUGGACAACACAAGGAUUCACUCACCUAGGAGAGAGGGAUUUCUGGGUUGAGAUCCCUUCCCUGGAAGAUCUGAAGGGCUGAGGGAGAAGCUGCUGUGGAGAUGGUCUGCGUGGAGUUAGCAAUGCACCUUAAUCCUCUCCCUCAGAGGGCUCUGAAGGGGCAGAUCAAACACCGGUGUUUCAGAGCACCCCCAGCCUUCUGGUGGGCAGAGAAGAAGGACUGAUUAUGGAGUGGAGAGUGCCAGAGUCUCAAAGUUGUGGCUCUGGUGUGGACUUCGGGAGCUCUCCAUUCAUUCUAUUAAAUUCUUGUCUUUCUCCUCUAGUUACAAACUCUCAUUUUUUUGUAACCAGCAUCCUUUGCUUACAUUGUGUUUGAUGGGGUCUGUAUCAGUGGAGCUGUGCUGGUAUCUGGGUCUGCAUCUUUGUUGCACUGGAACAUUUGUACAGGAUGGUAGCAAGAAAAAAAGCUUGGUUUAAGUGGGAGGGAAAGUGGGGAAUACUGACUGGGAGACCUCUGUGUGCAGUAGGCUUGGGGUUCUUGGUGCAAUGCCACCUUCUGCUAGAAGCCAUCACCUGCUCCCAGCCAAAAGAGUCAU